AUGGAUCAACCACCGCCGCCACCACCACACGGCAAUAUGCCUCGAUCGUCGAACGCCAGCCCCGACCCCAACACCAAUGCGAAGUCGAACUUGCCCCCCGGAAAAUAUGACAUUUUCAUCAUACCCCCUCACUCGUCUGGUUCUGGGUUUCUGUACCUCCCGUCCCUGAAGCCGAAUCUGAACAGUUUCGCUGCGGGAUUUGCCUCGGCGCUAGUACUAGUCGUCUUGGCCCAGACCAUGGGACCUGUGUCGGCGCUUGGGCUCUGGGAAGAACGCAACACCAAGGGGGUCCAGGAUAUGGUGGGGGUUUUGGAGGUGCGUGGGGCGGAUAUGGCCCUGGGCCUAGCACCGGAGGCUUCGCCGGUGGUCCUAACCCUCAUGCUGGUCCGCCUCCCGAUGCUGGCGUGCCUCCUCCGCCGCCUCCUCACGGAUCGCCACCACCGCCUCGCUCGGGGCCAACGCCUGGUGGGGAUAGGCCUAAGUCUUCAUGGCAGCAACACGCCGAGACUGAAGAGACCGAACAACCCAGAGAGCCCCCUAAGGAGACCGCCCGAGAACGACCUCGAGAGCGACCCCGAGAACCCCCCCGGGAGCGACCCCGAGAUCGAGCCCGAGAGCGCCCUAGAGAACCUCCCCGGGAAGCCCCCCGAGAACCGCCUCGAGAGCCACCUCGGGAAACCCCCCGAGAACCGCCACCAGAGCGCUCUCGGGAGCCCCCCCGAGAACCACCUCAGGAACCACCUCGGGAACCACCUCGAGAACCACCUCGGGAAAAUCCCCGAGAGCCUCCCCGAGAACCACCCCAGGAGUCGCGUCGAGAAUCGCCUCGAAAGGCUCCUCGAGAGACUCCACGAGAGAAACCACGCGCCCCCGCGCCAGAACCACCUCGGGAAUCCCCUCGAGAAUCACCUCGAAAGAUCCCUCGAGAAACCCCACGGGGGACAACUCGCAUCUCCACCGACGAGCCGCCUAAACAACAGCUUAGAGAACAAACACCCCAAAGAGCCGCCUAAAGAACAGCCGAAGGAGCCUCCAAGGGAGACACCUGACGAGCCCGCCAAGGCACCCCCUACAAAGGGCGCAUGGGAGAAGGCUAGGGAAGAAGUGAGACGUAAAGAGGAAGAACGGAAAGCACAAGAAGCCGAACAACGAAGGAGGGAAGAGGUGGCAAGGCGCCUGAAAGAAUUACGUGAGAAGGAGGCCCGCGAGCGUGCUAGGCGCGAACAAGAAGCCAGGGAGAGAAAGGAGCGUGAAACUCAUGAGAAGGAGGCGCGAGAGAAGGAGCAGCGGGAGAAAGAGGAACAGGACAGGAUUCAACGGGAAAGGCAACAGCGAGAGAAUAGAAUACGGGAAGCAAGAGAACGAGAGCUUCGCGAAAGAUUGGAACGAGAAAGAGCACUGAGGGAAAAGCUCGAGAGAGAGUUCAAGGAGAGGGAAGCCAUCCGUGCCCAGGAAGCAGCCGAGGCAGCGCGCCUGAAGGAAGCAGAGGCGGCCAGACAGAGGGAAGCGGAGGCUGCUCGGCUCCGAGAAGCGGAGGCCACCCGACGCAGAGAGGCGGAAGCAGAGGCUGCUAGACAAAGGGAGGCCGAGGCUGCUCGGAAGAGGGAGGCAGAAGCCGCUCGCCUACGUGAGAUAGAAUCCGCUAGGUUAAGAGGAGUGGUGGAGCUAGCUAGGCAAAGGGAGGCUGAGGCUGAACGGCAGCGAGAGGCUGAGGCUGCUCGACAGAGGGAGAUUGAGGCGGAACAAGAGGCGGAGGCGGCCAAGUUGAAGGAGGCGGAGAGCAUUCGGAGAGGUACCUAUGCAUACUCAUCUGUUGGGGAGAAGACCAAUCCUUGGCCGAACGGAAAGCCGUCGCCCCGACCGCCUUCCCCUCCCAGAUCGACGACUACCGCGAGCACCACGCCCACCAAGCAUCCACCGGUGCCGUCUCCCAAGGCCGCCACUGUCACGGACGAGGAAAUUUAUUCAUACCGCCCUUACGACCAACCGAAGAAGCACACGCGAAGAAAAUCUGGUGAGACCAUCUUCACGGAAUCCUCGUAUGCCCCGUCACAAUCGACGUCACGAACAACGCCGCCACCAUCCAUGCGGGCGCCUUACGCAACGAAGGAUCCAGACAAGAUUGUUAUCAAAGCCGUGUACGGCUACCUCAACCAGUUCUCGAAAACCCCGGCAUCCCAGCUCAUCUCGGGCUUUGGGUCGGUGACUGACGGGUUGAUCCUUCGCAUAACAACCGAAGGCAUCUUCAUCGACGACGAUGUUCGCGGCGUACCGCAGCGGGAGUGGGACGUCAAAGCCUGGACACUCAAGACAAUGGAGAUUUGGUGUCCCGCGUACGUGGUGAACGAAUCCAACGCAACCCCCAAGGCGGCGCCUAGGCCGACUGCGCAUCGCUUCCGAUCGACAAUCCGCGGCCAGCCAAAGACGCUUUUAGGAGAGGAAGCUGACGCCUGCCUCGCCGAGUUGCUUCACUCCUGCAAGGACGAGUGUCGCCUGGGCCCUCACGGGGGACACGACGCCGCAUCGUCCAAUUCUGCCAGCAGCGGUCUACGCGGACCGCACGUGCUCCGCGCCACGAUCAAAGAUCAAGAUGGGAAACGAUAUGUAUUUGUGCUUGAGGAAGAAGAAGGUUGGAAAGUCGCGCUGGGCCUCCAGCGGUUGCGAAAGGGUACACAAGUUAGACAGCUUGGUAUCCAGUGUAUACCCAAGGCUGAGGCCCAGAACAUAGUCGAGAUGCUCGGAUGGUAAUGGGCGUUGCGACAACCCCCCAGCGCCGCUAGUUAUUAUAUACCAGAGCCUCCUAGCAGCUCCGCCGGCCAUUGGAAUGUUGCAGACAUCUCCACUUCGAGUGCCACAUUCUUCCGCGGUGAUAGACAAAAACAUUUCCAAAGACCAUCGAGCCCAAGUGUCCUCUAGACCAACAGCUCCAUUCAUUCCAUCUUUCUAUCGAUGUGCAUGGCCAUUCGAGUUGGCGUACCGAGGUAUCUGCGUUCCGUUUGCGACGCGUGAUCAUUCCAGUGUCGAGG